AUGUGACCUUAGCUGAUGCCAGCCCUCAGUGCUGGCCCCACACCAGCUAAAUGUCCUUCAUAUGGCUGGAGGGCCCUCAAAUGCCAUCUAUUUGUGACUUGGCUCAGAGACUGGCACGAGUCAUAAGUGAUCCCAGGGACAGGAUAUUUUUGGAAGCAGGGCGGAGCUUGCAUUAAGAAGCCUAGCACCAUGCUGCUUGGGGACAGGUCUCUAGAUGCGUAGCUCCACUGCCCCAGCUGGCUGCUGAGAACCAGGACUGUGACAAGAUGUCACAGUGAUGUUAUUUGGAGUUGAAUUGAAAAUAGUGGAAACUGAAGUAGAUUUCUAACUCAGAAGAAUGAAGUAGAAGAAUCUGGAAGAAGCGGAGUCUGUCUUGUGGUUCCUCCAGAUUGAAAUGGGCUGCCAGGGAGAGAGCAGGUGCUACAAGGUCAGACAGGAUGGUGGCAGCGUGUGCUACUUAGUGCAUGGAGCCCGGAUUUGUGAAGACCCUGCCUGGCCCAAAGUCUUGCUGUCACUCCAGCACCUCUGCUGAUGUGCAAUGGACAACUUCCAGUACAGUGUUCAGCUCAGCGAUCGAGAGUGGGCCGAGUUCUCAGCCACUGCUGAUGAGUGUGGCCUCUUGCAGGCUGGUCUGGCCUCUGGUGACGAGCUCUUGUCCAGUGACAUUGACCAAGAGGACAGCAGUGGAAGCAGCCCCCCUGGGCCCCCACUCCUCUUCACUGGGCAGCUGGAUCCUCAAGGGAGGGAACAACAGGGCUGUGAGUUGGAGGACGUGGCUGCUCAGCAAGUGGUCAGCAGGUCUCAGUGUGAGCCUGUCCUGGCUCUGGAGGCCAGUCAUCAGGUAGCUAGCACGUCCACACAGUCAGAAGCUCUACCGUUCCCCAGCUCAGACAGUAUCUGUCCUAGCCAGGCCUUGUCCUCCCUAGGGUCACCAACUUUCAGAGACAAGAUGCAGAGGCUUUUGCAGGGUCCUGCUCCCAACUCUCCUGGUAAGCCCCCUCAUGGCUCUGAGACCCCUGGCCACAGUGCCAUCCCCCAGAGUCUUCCUGACAACUCUGAAGCUCCAUUGCAGAACCCUGGUCGUAAGAAGAGGCGUGCUGUGGGUGCCAAGGGGACCAAGUGCUCUGGAUCUCUGGGCUCUACUGCUGUCCAGAUGAGCUCCCCACAGCUUACAGAUACCAGGCCCAAGGAGGUUCUUAUGUCUGGGACACUAAGGACAAAAGCACAGCAGGAUAAGCCACAGUCAGACUCUAUAGGUGCUCCUGAACAUGGCUUUACUAUCCCUGAACAGACGGCCAGACAAGAGUCAGGCUUGGAUCUUUCUACACCUGGUCUACAAGGUACAGACCAGAUCAGAAAGACACCCAGAGCUGUGCAACAGAUGGUAUCAAAACCUGUCCAGGAAGCUCAUCUGGAUGUCUCCAUGGCUACAUCAAAUGUGUCUAAACCUGCCUCCAAGCCUCAAUCAGACAUAGCUUUGUCUACACAUGCCUCCAUGUCUGACACGACUUUGUCCACACUUGCCUUCAAAUGUCAACCCAAUUCAAAUCAAUCUACACCUGCCUCUGAGCCUGACAUGGCUUUGUCUACACCUGCCUCCAUGUCUCAACUGGACAAGACUGAGUUUGCAUCUGCUUGCAUACCUGGACUGCAUGUGGACCUAUCUGCAGCAGGCUCAGAGAUCAAGCCAGAAGUUUAUCCCUCUAUGCCUGCCUCAGUGGUUGUACUUUGUACAGAUCCGCCCCAUUCUGUUUCAAAGCCUGAGUCUGAAGAAAAUGUGUCUAUACCUGUUAUGCCUUCUUUAUCCCCUAUUUCCCAGGCUGAAGCUGCCAUGGUGGACACAGAAGUGACUGUGCCUCCAGGGGGAUGCUGUGAGAAGCCAGUAGGGCAGCUCUUAGAAGGGUCCUCGGGAUACUCUUCAGGGAAGCCCUGCCCAAGUCCUGUCCAAGCCCCCAAGAAGAAGAAAGUACGAUUCUCCAUGGCUGUGCCCAGCCAUAAAGAGUCAGGGUCAGGCGAGCCUAAAAGCCCACCCUUCCUAACCCCAGACUGGCCUCCAGCUCCCAGGACAGCAGCAGGGAGCCGUGGGGGAUCUGCUGCCUGGGAUGCUGUGGCGGUUGGGCCCCGACUCCCCCAGCCUCGGAUCCUCAGGCAUCUGCCUCCUCCUAUAUCCUCUGUCUCAGCAGAGCCUGAGCCUGGAAGCUGCUUUGCAGUGACUCUCCCUGAGGCCUAUGAGUUCUUCUUUUGUGAUACUAUUGAGGAGGAAGAUGAAGAUAAAGAGGAUGAGGAGGCAGCCAUCCAAGCCUCGGAUGAAGUCCAAUGGCCUGACACAUGCGAGUUUUUUUUCCGGGAAAGCAGAGCCCAAAGGUCAAGUUGCCAGAGGAGAUACUCCCCAGUCCCAUCCCCAAGAGCAGAGGCUGUGGUACCUGUUCCCCCUGGAAAUUCAGUGCCUAUCUCCAUCCCUGAGGUCUAUGAACACUUCUUUACUGAGGAAGGAUUUGGGGACAGACAGCCACCAGCCGCGCAUAACCAGCUGCAGACCUCAGUGUUUUCUAGGGAAGCAGGCCCUGAGGCAUCUUCUAAGUCUGUUCCAGCUACAGCAGAACAUCUUAGCCUGGCAAUCAGGGAAGGAGCGGAACUACGGAGCCCUCUUACUUCCUUGACAUUCAGCCAGAAUGACAUGUGCCUGGUGUUUGUUGCCUUUGCCACUUGGGCAGUGAGGACCUCAGACCUGCAUGCCCCAGAUGCUUGGAAAACAGUCUUGCUGGCCAACAUUGGCACCAUCUCUGCUAUCCGCUACUUCCGCCGUCAGGUUGGGAGAGGGCAGAGUGGAAGAUCAAGUCCCAAUUCCAGCUCAAACCCCAGCUGCUAGUAGCCAGGCUGGCCUGGUGAAGCAUGGAGCAUGGGGAUGAAUCCAGGUGACAAGGACAAGAUGCCACUCUCUACCCUUUGAUACCUGUCUUCUAAGGCAUCUGGGAAGGAGCCAGUAUCCUUGGUGCUGAAUUUCCUGGACUCAACGUAUGAGUCCUGCCAGUGGCUAAGGUCAAGGCCAUUACUUGAGAGGGUGGAGAUUCGGGAUUGUUGAUGAGUGGGCUCUGAGCAAGGAGCUGGGUGAUAGGACUUCAGGUUUGCAAAUUAAAGCUACAGGGCACCUAGCUAAAUUUGAAUUUACAUGAAAUUUUUGAGAUGUACUUGUAUGAAGAAAUUAUGUUGCUAUCUGAAAUCCAACUUAACUAGGCACCCUGCCUUUUGUCUAGUCAUAAGUGAAAAAUGAGCAGCAGAAGAGGACUCUACAGAAAGUGCUAAAGCAACAAGGCCCUUCUAGGUAUGUCUAGGUCAAGAUGAGGCUACUACAUG